UUUAAGAAAAAGAUAUUUUGAUAACAAUGCCCCACGAGUAGCAAGAUCCUUAGAAUUACCAUUAAUAUCGAGACAACGACGCUCGUUGGUAAAAUCAUUGAUAGGCCGUGAUGUAUAGUUAAUCUACCUUUUUUAAUUAACAAUUAAUAUUUAUAUACAUAUAUCAUUAGGAAGAAUCAAGUUUCGAACUAACCACUCUACAAUUUAUUGUAUUUUCAAUUUUUCAACACACAAAUUUGAAUUAUGUCUCAUUAUUUCUUAACAUGGCAUAUCAUUACGGAAUUAGUAAGUAGUAGUAAUAAAUAGUUUUAUGUCUAAUUGAACAUGUGAUAAUUUAGUGAUUACGAGUUUUGUAUUUUUGGUUUUCGAAUUAUUAUUUGGUUUGCCUCUUUAUAUGCUUUAUAUAUUCUUGAGCAGUUAUACAAAGAAGAGUUUCUUCACCAUUUGGCAAUGUGUACCAAUUUUCGAAGGUGAUCACCACUAUUAUGUAUAUUAUAUAGAUAUAAAUACAUACAUUUUAAUUUUAGGAUUUGGGUAUACAUUGGCAAUGUCAAAACUUCUCUACGAACUAACUAAUGUUACUAUUGCUUCGUAUUGUGUUAUUAUGUUAGUGGAAGUGGUAAGAUAUCGGACUUACAAUAUGCAGCAAUAUUGUAGUGGUUAUGAAGUUACUCCAAAUUGUGAUAUUCCAAAACGUAAUUGCACUAAUAAGACUAACAAUCCUCUUUUGGUUGGGACUCAGUAUUACUUUAGGAAUAUGAUGAUAAAUUAUGAUCGAUUCAGUCCUGCUUGUUGUUGGAUUAAUAUAAAGCACAUUAUUAUUUUCGCCGUUUUAUGGGUUUUGAUAUUUUUGAUCAGCAUACUAGGCAUUGAACGAAUUGUUAAAGCUUUAGUCAAACUAAUAUUUGUGGCCGUUAUCAUAUUAUUCUUGAUCUCUUGUUUUGUUUUGUUGAAUGUGAACAAGUAUUAUGUUCAUUUGAAUCAACCGGCGAUGCCACUUGGAAAAUUUAUCUUUUGGUUAGAAAUAGUUCUCCAUACUAACACUCCGGCUUCUUUAGCACAUACUUUAUGGCUUGGUACAUUAUUGCCCAAAAAUUUUUCGCCGAAAUCGGCAGCAUUGAUAUUGGCAAUUGCAAAAACGUUCAUAUGCCUAAUUUUGAUGUGUUUCUCAUCAUUAAUCAUUCAUGAUAUGUUGUACACUUAUUCAUUUGCUGACCCUCUUUGCCUGAUUACUCAUGGCGUGGACGUAAUCAUCACUUUUGUGCCUGAUGUGCUUUUUAAAUUACACUUUGGUCAACUAACAGCUUUUCUUUGGUAUUUAGCGAUAGCUCUUAUCGCCUUGAUUACGCCCAUAUUUUCCAUCGUAGCAAUUGUUGAUUCGAUUUGCCAAAGUAAGCCGUCGUUCAAUUCUCGCAGAAUAAUUGUGUAUGGAUUCUGUUGUGUAAUUGGCUUGAUUAUGAGCAUUCCGUAUACUUCAAAUAUCGGAUUUGGAUUUUUGUCAUAUUUUAGCCAGAAAGGGAUGUUGCUGUUAAAAUCGAUUUUUCUGCUUUUGGUUAAUAUUUCGUUUAUAUUUUUAUAUUCUACAACUCGAAUUAUAGAAGAUUACACUUUUACGUAUGGAUCAGCUCCACAUUUAUAUUGGCAAUUCUUAUGGAGAACAGUGCCACUUUUCAGUUUAUAUUUACUUAUAUUUAUGAUUUACGAAUUGAAUUACGAAAGUUAUUUGAGUCAUUUUUAUGAUAAAUACAUCGCCAUAAGUUCGUACAUAAUAAUGGCAGUAAUCAUUUCUCCAGUUUUUAUCAUAGCAAUAGCCAAGAUAUUUCAUCAAAUUAAAUACCGAUCAUUUAAAAAGCUUCUAAGGCCAGCAGAUACUUGGGGACCUUCCGAUAUUGAUCAACGAAUAGCAAGACAAUUUUUUUUUCCGGAGCGCGAAAUAAAAUACAGAAAUAUGCCUCUGAGAUGUAACCACCAUUGUUUGGCAAAUUCGGGCAGCUUUGACGAAGAGCAUAGUAGGCAAAUUAGAAUGUUACACGAUUUUGCCAUGGUACAUCAAGAAGAGUUGGAUCCGAAUAUGACAGAUUUUGUUAUGAAUCAAUAGUAUUUGUGAUUCUUAUUUUUAUGUAAUAAUAAAGUUAUUAAUAAAAUAACAUGAUAUAAAAAUUUGUAUUUUCGAUAAAAAGAUAUACCAAAUCACAGUACAAAAAUAUAUUCGAUAUAAUACAGCGAAAAUUAGAAAAAAAUACUGAUAUAUAAAAUGCCUUGAUAUACCAAAAAUUCGAGUAAGGUGUUGUCUACUUC